UUCGGUGCAUCAUAUUAUGUGCAUUGUGAUAGUCAGUAUGAACAUUUAGGAACUUGAUUGAUGAGGAAUUCUGUUUAGACGUUUAAACACAGGGAUAUUAGAACAUGUGUGGUUGUUGUUGUGGUAAGGAUUCUGCGGAAGAUAAAGCAGAUCUAACGAAUCCAAUCAAAAAUCGAGGAUGCACCGACAUCAUUGUUCUGAUUUUGUUUGUUCUGUUCUGGGCCGGCAUGAUUUACAUAGCUGCCUUCUCCAUUACACACGGAGAUGCCUGGAGACUGGUCUAUGGCUACGACAGCUUUGGUAACACUUGUGAUGAGGACAAUACUGGAAAGAAGAUCGAAAAUGUGACCUUCUCAGGCAUGAACAUGGAAGGCAAAGGGUAUGUGUUCAUGUUGGACAUCUUUGACCCCUUGAACUCCAUGAAGCUAUGUGUGAACAAGUGCCCAGGUCAAGACUUGAACACCACAGGUGAUCUAAAAACAUUUGCCAUUACUGGAGGGUCAUACCUCUGUAGGUACGAUGUCGAAGAAAAUGAUUAUGAUGAUGCAGUAAAGAAAGGUCUCUGUCCAGGAAAGGUGUUUGCCAGUGAACCAAUUCUGAAUAGGUGUGUGCCAAAGCAGAUCUUUAGCACUGCGGGUGACAUUUUUGCCAAAUUCUUUGAAUUCGUAAAUUCAAGUGACAUAUUCCACAAAGUUUUGCACGAUUUAAUGACGGGCUGGCGUGAAAUGCUCAUCCUGUGUUUUGUUGCGCUAGGGUUUGGGGCAUUGAUGGUUCUCCUCAUAAGAUUCCUCGCUUCUGUCAUCGUCUGGUUCAUCAUCACCAUCGCCAUACUGGGAAGUAUUGCUGGGACAGCAGGUUUAUGGUGGACUUACAUGGACAAGAAAAGAUUCAUAGACGACAAGGAAGAGGAUAACAUUCCACUGUUGAAUAUAGACAUUGACAGUGAACAGGCUUUCUUAAUCUACUCCAUCAUCGCCACCGUGCUAACAGUGAUUCUGUUGUUGGUGAUUCUGGUGAUGAGGAAGAGGAUAGGUCUGACUGUGACCCUGUUCCAUGAGGCGGGGAAAUGUCUGGCAGAUGUCCCCAUCCUCCUCCUUCAGCCUCUCUGGACCUUCAUCAUUCUUGUCUUCUUCUUUGUCUACUGGAUCAUCAUCCUAGCAUUCCUCGCCACAGCAGAGAUAGCCUCAGUAGAUAAGUCAACAGGUUUUGUGAAGUACACGGAGCAUGAGAACGUCUCGUAUCUCUGGUGGUACCAUCUGAUUGGUCUAAUCUGGACCAGUGAGUUCAUCAUUGCCUGUCAACAGCUGGUCGUGUCAGGAGCCGUCGCCACAUGGUACUUCACAAGAGACAAAAAGACAUUGUCUUGUACCAUAUGCAAAUCCACCCAGCUUCUUAUUUUCCACCAUCUUGGAUCUGUAGCCUUUGGAGCUUUCAUCAUCACCUUAGUCAAGCUUCCUAGAUGGAUACUUAUGUACAUGCAGAAAAAAAUGAAGGGAUCGGAGAACACUUGUGCCAAGUACACAAUGAAGUGUUGUAUCUGUUGUUUGUGGUGUCUGGAAAAGUGCUUAAAAUAUCUCAACCAGAAUGCCUACACUGUAAUUGCAAUACAAGGUUCAAAUUUCUGCUCCUCUGCAAAAAAGGCCUUCAUGACCUUAGUUGGCAAUGCUUUACGUGUGGCUGCCAUUAACAGUGUGGGAGACUUUGUGUUGUUUCUGGGUAAAAUUGGUGUCACAGCUGCCACUGGUGCAGUUGGUAUCUUCUGGUUCAAGACAAAGGAAGAGUUGAACUAUUAUGCCAUACCUGUCCUGCUUGUGUGUAUUUUUGCCUACUUCAUUGCUCAUUGUUUCCUUUCUACAUAUGAGAUGGUGAUUGAUGCUCUCCUGCUGUGUUUCUGUCAUGAUACUGACAUAAAUGAUGGCUCCCCAGAGAGACGGUACUAUGCCAGCGUGUCCCUGCAGAAAUACAUAGAGGAUGGUAGUAACCAAAUGAAUGCCAUCUCAAAAGGGGAGGAUACAAGUGGAGAACCAGAAGCGGCACGGCUAUAAAUAGCACUGACCUAGAAGGAAUCGAGAGGAAUCAAACAGUAUCAUUGUUCAGUGAGGCUUACAGGAUAUUAGAAAAAGGACAGGUGUUCAAUAUUCAGAUGAUUGAAGGGUCAAGUGGAUUUAAGUCAGCAGUGCUUGGGAGUAAGGCACAGACAUUGUGUUUUGUGACAGAGUUAUACCGAUUGAGAGAAGGAAAAAAUUAUAUCUGUCCUGAAAGCUGUGUACUGUGGAAUCAUUUAAAUUCUUGGGGGUCAAUGUUUGUGGGCAAGCAAAAUUUUAUUGGUUCGUGGGGAUGAAAUUUCAUGGGCAGCUUGUUUAUUUAGAUUUAAUUAAUUAGUACGUUGACAAAAUAAUUGUUCGUGGGGAUGUAAAUUCGUGGGUAAGGGUCACCCACGAAAUCCACGAACAUUGAUCCCCCACGAACAAUGAUGAUUCCACAGUAAUUGUGUUAUACUGUUUCAUAAGAAUAAGGGAAGUAAAGUAGAUAUUAAUUUAGAUGCCUUUAAAUAUCAGAAUUCUGAAAAUUUUACAUGUCUGAAGAUUCCUUCACACAAUGUAAAAUCUAGUUCUGUGCUAAGUAACAAAAUAAUUACAUGGUGCCUUGAAACAGGAUAUCUGGAAACCAUAGCUGUAAGGACUCUGAAUUUAUAGCCUAGAAAUUGUACACUUUAUAGAUGUACAUGUAUCUAUUAGUAAGUGUAAGGUUGUUGAUUUUUGUCAUUUGAUGAUGAAUGUGUUGGUGCAUUAAAUGAAGUAAAUAUGUAUUUUUAUUUUUCAAAGUUUUGUGAAGUAGAGACUUCUGUAUUUUUUUUUUAUUUUCAUAUGAUAGCUAUACAUGUAUAUCUCGACAAUGCCAUUCAUGAAAUAUUUUUUAAAAAUAAAAUUAUGAGUUA